AUGAGUUUCCAUAAGGAGAGCGGGAUGGGCAGCUUGUGCCACAAGGCGCUGCAGAUCAUCUCCGAGCUGUGCCUGGGCGGCCAAGUGGAGUUGGAGAAAUGUUCCGGCAUCUUCCCGCUGGAGACCACCAACCAAGACAUCUCCGUCAGCCUGCUAGCAGUUGUUGUCAGCUUCUGUGGGCUGGCCUUGCUGUUGGUCUCUCUGUUCGUCUUCUGGAAGCUGUGUUGGCCGUGCUGGAGGAGCAAGCCAAUGAGUUCAAACCCCGCAAGCAUCCCUCAGAGCACCUCCAGUGCUCCCACCGAGGUUUUGGAAACAAACGAGAAAGAGAAAAAGGAAAAGGAAAUGAUUAAAGAAAAUGGAAAGCCCCCGACAAAGACGAUGGAGGCCGCAAUGAAAAUUAGCCACACGUCACCAGAUAUUCCAGCUGAAGUCCAGAACGCAUUGAAAGAGCAUCUAAUAAAACAUGCCCGUAUGCAAAGGCAGAUCACAGAGCCCACGUCCUCAUCAAGGCACAAUUCUUUCCGGAGACACUUGCCAAGGCAAAUGCAAGUGUCCAGCGUUGAUUUUAAUAUGGGAACAGAUCCAAUUUUACAGCGGGGGGAGACAACUACCAGCAUUGGGAGGAUAAAACCUGAACUUUACAAACAGAAAUCUGUGGAUUCAGAAGGCAAGAAAGAAGAUGUGAAAAUCUGUGGGAAACUUAAUUUCACCCUUAAAUAUGAUUAUGAGAAUGAACUGCUGGUUGUUAACAUUGUCAAAGCCUUGGAUCUACCUGCGAAAGACUUUACAGGUACUUCAGAUCCCUAUGUGAAAAUUUACCUUCUUCCAGACAGGAAAAAGAAGUAUCAAACACGGGUGCACAGAAAGACCUUGAAUCCUGUUUUUGAUGAAACCUUUCAGUUUCCUGUAGCCUAUGAUCAGCUUUGCAACAGGAAACUGCAUUUCAGUGUGUAUGAUUUUGACAGAUUUUCUAGGCACGAUAUGAUUGGGGAAGUUAUUCUGGAUAAUUUUUUUGAAGUCUCUGAUCUCUCCAGAGAAGCCACAGUAUGGAAAGACAUCCACUGUGCCACUACAGAAAGCAUAGAUCUGGGGGAGAUCAUGUUCUCUCUUUGUUAUUUGCCUACUGCGGGAAGGAUGACACUCACUGUCAUCAAAUGCAGAAAUCUCAAAGCCAUGGACAUCACAGGUUCAUCAGAUCCAUAUGUCAAAGUAUCCCUGAUGUGUGAUGGCCGGCGAUUGAAAAAGAGGAAAACAACAAUAAAGAAAAACACUCUCAAUCCAGUAUACAGCGAGGCCAUCAUCUUUGACAUCCCUCCAGAGAACGUGGACCAGGUCAGCCUCUCCAUCGCCGUUAUGGACUAUGACCGAGUAGGACACAAUGAGGUGAUUGGGGUCUGUAGGGUUGGACUUGAUGCAGAAGGACUUGGAAGAGACCAUUGGAAUGAAAUGCUGGCAUACCCCCGCAAACCAAUCACUCACUGGCACCCCUUAGUAGAGUUGCCGGGCCGAGCAACCAGUUUUGACAGUCAAGGAUCUUGCUCUUCACCAAAACCACCACUUACGCCCUAGACUGAACAAUGGGUUCCAGAUGUCCAGCGUAAGGAGCUCUUCAUACUUAUAUCAUGACUGAAGGUUUGGCUCCAAAUGAUUAACGGUGUCCAUAUUUCUGCACUGCAACAUGUCAUAUCUCUACUAUAUCAUUCCAUUGUUUCCAAUCUUUAACAUCCCAUUGAGUUUCAUUUGAGCACUUAAAUGUGGAUGUCAUGGGGAAAAAAACAGAGGUUAGUUAUCAUUUGUUCUUGGUAUGAACAAGGUCUUAGAACCAACGUAACCUUCCAUGACAGCACAAUAUGGGUCAUUUUCUUUUUACAUCCAGUCCAGCCUCUUAAAUACAUGAUGCACUGAGUUGAAUAAUCGGUAGGGAAAGUCAGCCAAUUGUGCAAGUUCCUGUAUGAUGCAUGUUGGUGAAUGUCGCAUUCAUACUUUACAUUUUAGGAGUGUGCCUGUCUCUCUCACAAUUGUCUGAUCACACGCAACCCAUUUCUGAAUGUUCUCUGGUUUCUGGGCCUCCAAUACAGGGUGGGAUUCAAAGAGCAGCCCACGGAACUGCAUCUCACGUGCUAAGACUUCCAAGGACCUUCCUGCCCUCUGAAUCUCCUUUGGCCCAGCCAGAAGCUGUUCCAAGAAGUUGGGAAACCUGUUGCCUCUGAAUAGGUUACUGCUAUUUGACUUGGUGUGGAAUCUGGGGGCCAAGGAAGGGCAGCCACACAGAGCAGAGACAGCAGCAGCAAGGGAAAGGCUGGAUGUGGAUGUUUUGUCCUCUUCCCUGUUGCUACCUAGCUGCAAAAGCUGAUUGACUCCUCUCUGGCCAAUCCUUGAAAUAAAGUUAUAAUUGUUCAUCUACUGAUGGUCCACCUGGCCACUCUUCAUGCCCCAAGCAGGGUCUCUUGCAUCUGUUCCAGGGUGAGUCUUACUACAGCUUACGUGUCAGUGUAUUAAAUACGUCUGCAAGAGUAAUGUGUGAAAGGGUUCUUGUCAGCUGGGUACAUAAUCAUCUAAAGCCUCUGAAAUAGGUUGUUCUGGCUUUAUUGUGUCCAAAGGAGAAACUGUAUCAGUCAUCUGACUUUCCUGGAAGACUCAUCCAUUAAACUUUUAGGUAAAGAGGAAUUUGACUUGUGCGUUCUACAAGAUGAAUUACAGAAUCUGGGCGCAUGGAAUGGCAGAGUCCAUAGAUGUGGUUGCCAAGUCAUUUUAUCAACUGGAAAUUUGAUUCUGAUGGCCAUCAGGGAGAGCCUACAGUGUAUUCCAGCACAGGAGUCACAUAUCUUUAUGCCAGCAAUGCAAGAAGACUAGAGUCCUGCUUUCAAAAUGGCACCAGGCUACAGCUGGUUCUGGGCUGCAGCAGCGGUGUCAUGA